AUGCAUCGCGAACCAUCACCAGAUGCUAUGCCUCCCAUAUCCAUGGCCGAUGCUCCUACUUCUGCACCUACCUCAGCGACGACACCGAGUGCCGUCGACCGUGCUCACUCCCCAGGAGCCAGCAUCCACUCGGUAUCUCGACCUCAGCCAGGCUCCCAACCCCAGCCUGACCCUCAACCCCGCCAUAUCCCCCUCCAUGUCCCCCUGCCGCCCUAUCCACACGAGCCCGACGUCCUGCCGCCCUACGAACCAGAGGCCGACGAGUCAACGAGCCCUAACGAUUUCCUCGACAGCCUAGACGCCUUCAUCGCCAUCUGCCCCGACCUCAUCCUGCCCAUCACGGCCAUCCCGCCCGCGCCAACCUGGCAUGGCACUUCUGUCCCAGCCGACCGCCCAGCCCGGAAUGCCACCGACCGCGCCAACAGGAACAACAGGAGCAACAGGAGCAGCAGCAGCAACGAUCCUCCAGGCGCCCCCUCCCUUUCCCCCAACACCUACCGCCUCUGCAGCAGCAUAGUCUACCACUUCUUCACGGCCAUCGCCUCGCGCCAAGACGAUGUCGUGCGCCUCUUCAUCGCCCGCGGCCUCGUCUCCCCCGACGUUCCCUCCGUCACCGGCGAGACGCCUCUGCUAGCUGCCGUCCGCGCCGGCGACGGCACCACCCUCUGCGCCCUCGUCGAGCUCGGCGCCACCGUCGACGCCUACGGCUCGACCCACGAGGCCGACGUCCACGACCCGCGCCGCCGCCGCCGCGCGACCGAUGCCCCGACGCGCCGCACGCCCCUGCAGUACGCCGCCGCCCUGGGCCGCCUGCCGCUCGUGAAGUUGCUGCGGAAGAUUUUGGGCCGACGACGCCCUCG